AAGAGAGGGGGUGGAGAGAGAGAGAGACUGAUUCAGAGCUGAAUGCUCAUUCUGUGUUAACAUCUCACUGUGAUACCAAUGUGUGCAGCCUGAGGUAUUGCAUCCUAUUACAGAGCGUGAAAAGAAAACCCAUAUCCCAAGAUGCAGUGGUGCAGGUGGGCUGGCAGUUGGAGGUCACACCUACCAAGACAGUCUGCAGGGCCAGAGAUUGAGGACUCUUUCGACUUUCUUUUCAAAAUCAUCCUGGUUGGGGACUCAGACGUGGGGAAGACCUGUGUGGUCCAGAGCUUCAAGUCUGGCAUUUUCAUUGGAAAGCAGCAGAACACCAUCGGGGUGGACUUUACUGUUCGCACCCUGGACAUCGAUGGCAAGAAGGUCAAGAUUCAGAUAUGGGACACAGCAGGUCAGGAGCGUUUCCGCACCAUAACUCAGAGUUACUACCGCAGUGCCCACGGGGCGAUGGUGGCCUAUGACAUCACACGCCGCUCCACGUUUGACUCUGUUCCCCUCUGGAUCAGAGAGGUGGAGCAGUUUGGAGCUGCCGGCGUGGUGCUGAUCCUCAUUGGUAAUAAGUCCGACCUUGAAGCUCAGAGGCAGGUUUUGUUCGAGGAGGCGUGCACUCUGGCAGAAAACAACAGCGUGCUGGCUGCCCUAGAAACCUCUGCCAAGGAGGCCCAGAACGUGGAGGCAGCCUUCAUCCUCAUGGCCCGGGAGCUGCUGGCACGCAACGGCAUGACCAUCACAGACGAGAUACCCCAAGACUCGCCUCAAUUCAUGCUGAGUAACAGCUCCCACUCGGUCAACGGCUCCGAGUCUUCAGACAGGAAGUGUGGCUGCUGAGCGGACUGCAACUGCUUUUUGUUUGGAAAAUAGGGUUGACAAUUUAGAAGAAACUACAUGUUGCAUUGUGUGUGUGUGUGAAAGUGUUGUAUAUAUUUUGACAUUGAAUAUUUAUGCACGUUGUUGAAUAAGUAACAGGUUUUAAAUGGCGGCUGCUUAUCGAACAUGUUUUGUAUAUUCAGAGGAUAAGUUAAGAGGAUUUCACACCUCAGCUGGAGGACUGUACUAAAACUGCACUACAGUACACAGAAUAUUCGACUUGACAAGCAACAUUUUGUGUCUUUCAUCCUUUUAAUUGUUAUUUAUUCAAUAUGGCUUUUUCAGUACAUUACCAGUGCUUCACAGUUGUACCCAGUAGGUAGCCUGCAGAUUCUACUUAAUUAUCACUGUAGAAUAAAGUUGAAUAAAGACUCAAUUUAAUAAUACACUUUAUUAUAAUAUGUUAUAUUAUUACAGAUAUAACAAACCUGUCUAAUUUUCAGUAGUACUUUAAUGUAAAUACUUUAUUAAUCUUCAACAAAAAUAUUGUAUUACUGACAUUUCAAUUAACAUUUCAAACUAUUUCCCUUAGACUUUAACCAUCAGACGACAAAAAAGCACAUUCUUUUGAAACUGUGAUAUUGUGUAUAAAUUAAAAAAAUACCCCCCAAAAAAACAAAAAUAAAAUGACAUUACUCUGGACAUAGGUUAAAAUGUAUGAGGUACUAAACUGAAACCAACUUAAUCUUAUCACCAUUAGUGGUUCCACAUGCAAAAACAAA